AUGGCUGGCUUUGGUGAAUAUCCGCCCAAUAUGGCGCCGCAGGACGCGCUUAUCGUGCGUCAGCAAGCUGAACCCGACCACGCUGUAGUGCCAUAUUCGGCGGAGGACCUAUCAAGACCCAAAGCUGGUCCCGCCAACCCGUUCAAGGAUGGAUCUGAUGCACUUGGAAAACGCAAGAAUGUACUCACAGGACACGCGGAAGAAGUCUUUUUAAGCGAGCAUACGUUUCGAAGCAAACACCGAGCGGUAGAGCGUAGUGGGAGGCCGGAAUGGGAGGGUUCGAGCGACGCGUAUUCGAAGGUCGAAGCCGCUAGGAUACGAGCAACUAGGGAAAGCAAGGGAGAUGCGACAAUAGCAGAAGGUGCCGGUGCCUAUGUCGGACCAUGGGCGCGAUACGACCGGACGCAAUACGAGAGAGUCGAAGAUGACGCAGAAUUGGCGAGCGACGAAGAGUAUGAGAUUGUGGAAGACGACGACGAUGUUGUGGACAGCGGCACGGUCGUCCAGGCACCCGCAGAAGCUCUCGUGCGUCGGAAAGAGGCGGAAGAACAAGGAGAUGAGUCGACAACUUUCCAUGGCUCCGAGGAGUUCGAUUACCAGGGGCGCACAUACAUGCACGUCCCGCAAGAUCUCGACAUUGAUCUGCGCAAAGAGCCCGGCAGCACGACCAAUUACAUCCCGAAGAAGCAAAUACAUGCCUGGAAAAACCACACGAAAGCGGUCACUGCACUUCGAUUUUUCCCCAGAUCAGGUCACCUGCUCUUGUCCGCAAGUGCAGAUACUACCAUCAAGAUUUGGGAUACGUUCCACGAGAGAGAGCUCCUGCGCACGUAUUCCGGCCAUUCCAAAGCGGUGUCUGAUAUAUCCUUCAACGCAUCUGGGACACAAUUUUUGUCUGCAUCGUAUGAUCGCAUGAUGAAGUUGUGGGACACCGAAAAGGGCGUUUGCAUCAGCAAAUUUACUACAGGGAAAACCCCCCAUGUUGUCAAAUUCAACCCGGAUCCAGAGCACUCGCACGAGUUUCUUGCUGGCAUGUCGGACAAGAAAAUUGUUCAAUUCGAUACACGUUCGCCGAAAGAGACUGUACAGGAGUAUGAUCACCACCUGGCCGCAAUCAACACGAUUACAUUCGUCGAUGAUAACCGUCGGUUCAUGACAACCUCGGAUGACAAGUCAUUGCGCGCCUGGGAUUACAAUAUCCCCGUGCCCAUCAAAUACAUCGCGGAACCUGACAUGUAUCCCAUGACGCGAGCGGCCCCUCACCCGAGCGGCAAAUAUGUCGCAUACCAAAGCUCCGACAACCAAAUCCUUGUUUAUGGUGCGACUGACAAAUUCCGCCAGAACAGAAAGAAGAGCUAUCGCGGGCACAACAAUGCCGGAAUGGCCAUCGAUCUUGACUGCAGCCCUGACGGGCAAUUUCUCGCCUCGGGUGAUUCUGGAGGUUUCGUCUGCUUCUGGGACUGGAAGACGUGCAAAAUGUACCACAAGAUGAAGGCCAGUGCACAGGCGGUCACUUGUGCUCAGUGGCACCCACAGGAGACCAGUAAAGUGGCGACUGCAGGCAUGGAUGGCGAAAUCAGAUACUGGGAUUGA